UAAAGUAAUAUAAAAACGUAUUCCCGCUGGUAUCUUCAAACUUUUGCGUAAAUUUUGUCUUCCUUUGUUGUGCUCUUUUUAUCGAAUUGAUUGAUUCUUUCUUCAUGGUUGCUGUUACUGCUCAGUACCCAUUCGGUAUUUUCCCUCAUUUCCAUGGAAAUUCUAGGUUACUUUCCCCAGAAACCGAGUUUUGUACUGUUAAUUUUCCCUCUAGAGUUGAAUAUUCCAGAUUUAUUCUUCACCCUAAGGGUCAUGUUGCUGAAGUACAUUCUUUGCCACAUGUCGGUGAUUUCACUGGUGAAAAUGAGGCAACACCAAUUCUUGAUGCAAUUGAAAGUCCCAUGAGCCUAAAGAAUUUAUCAACUAAGGAACUGAAACAACUAGCUAAUGAAGUUCGAUCAGAAUUAUCUUUUAUCAUGGCAAAAGCUCAAAAACCUUCAAGGUCCAGUCUAACCGCGGUGGAGCUGUCUGUUGCUAUUCAUCAUGUAUUUAAUGCCCCCAUGGACAAAAUAUUGUGGGAUGUGGCUGAACAAACAUAUGCACAUAAACUUCUCACUGGAAGGAGGCAAAUUAUGCAAACACUUGGAGAACAAAAUGGCCAUCCUGUGGCAGCCCCAGAUUUUGAGAGCGAAUUUGAUCCCUUCGGAUCAGGGCAUGGAUGCAACAGCAUUUCUGCUGGACUUGGAUUGGCUGUUGCCCGAGAUUUUAAGGGGAAGCGUGAUCGUGUAGUGGCAGUGAUCAACAAUGAAACAACUAUGGCCGGCCAAGUUUAUGAGGCAAUGAGCAAUGCAGGAUAUUUGGACUCAAAUAUGAUUGUCAUACUAAAUGAUAGUCAGCAUUCUUUACACCCAAAGCUUGAGGAGGCCUCUAAAACACCUAUUAAUGCUUUAUCAAGUACUCUCAGCAAACUUCAGUCAAGUAAACUUUUCCGGAGGUUUAGAGAACUUGCUAAGGUAUUAACUAAGAAAAUCGGGAAAGGCAUGUAUGAAUGGGCAGCCAAGGUUGAUGAGUAUGCACGCGGUAUGAUUGGCCCGCCAGGAUCAACCCUCUUUGAAGAGCUUGGCCUUUACUACAUUGGGCCUGUUGACGGACACAAUAUUGAAGAUCUAGUAUGUGUUCUGAAUGAAGUGGCAUCUUUGGAUUCAAUGGGUCCUGUUUUGGUUCAUGUUAUAACCAAGGAAGAGCUGGAAGUAGGAGACAAUCAAAUGAAUGCAGUUGCAAAUGAAAUUAUGGAAGGUGCAUCUAGCUCAAACACUAAACCUUGUGGCACUCGAACAUAUAGUGAUUGCUUUGUAGAGGCCUUGAUAUCAGAGGCAGAGAGACAUAAAGAUAUUGUAGCUGUUCAUGCAGGCAUGGGAAUGGAGCCAUCACUUCACCUGCUGAAGAACGUCUUUGCAGAGAAGUUCUUUGAUGUUGGGAUGGCCGAACAACAUGCGGUGACAUUUGCAGCUGGAUUGGCACGUGGAGGGCUGAAACCGUUCUGCAUAAUUCCUUCAGCUUUCCUGCAAAGAGCGUAUGAUCAGGUCAUCCAUGAUGUAGACCGUCAGAAGGUUCCCGUGCGUUUCAUUAUUACAAGUGCUGGAUUAGUAGGAUCUGAUGGUCCUAUGCAUUGUGGGGCAUUUGAUAUAGCAUUUAUGUCCUGUUUGCCAAACAUGAUUGUGAUGGCUCCUUCUGAUGAAGUUGAGCUUUCUCAUAUGGUUGCAACUGCAGCCCUUAUUGAUGACAGGCCGGUUUGCUUCCGCUACCCUCGCGGCGCCCUUUCAGUGAUGGAAAAGUCAUUUGGUGGUGGAAUUCCCAUUGAGGUUGGCAGAGGGAGAAUACUUACAGAGGGUAAAGAUAUAGCAUUACUUGGAUAUGGUUCCAUGGUACAAAAUUGUCUAAGAGCUCAAUUGCUUCUUUCAAAGUUCGGUAUUGAAGUGACUGUCGCUGAUGCAAGAUUCUGCAAGCCUCUCGACAUAAAACUUCUUAGGCACUUAUGCAAGAACCAUUCCUUUCUAGUUACAGUCGAGGAAGGCUCUAUAGGAGGAUUUGCAUCACAUGUAGCACAGUUCCUCUCACUCGAUGGGCAGCUUGACGCAGGAAUUAAGUGGCGACCAAUCACUUUGCCUGACAACUAUAUCGAGCAAGCAUCACCGAAAGAGCAGCUUGCUGUUGCUGGGUUGACUGGAAAUCACAUAGCUGCAACUGCGCUGAGUCUACUUGGCCGCACUCGAGAAGCUCUUCUUUUGAUGUGCUAAAUUCCAUUUCUUUGUUCUUACAGGUUGUUUGGAGAAUCUAGGUGUUCUUCUUAGGAAAACACACAUAGGUGGCAAGACAGUAUCAUUGGGCAGAUCAGAAACUACUCCAGGUGGUUCAUCAAUUGAAGUAUUUGAGGCAACACAUCUGCAGAUGGUAUAUCAGGAACUACACUUGAUAUGUCAGACGUUGAGAAAGGAAAAUCUAUAUCAGAAUCUACAUCUGUAUGAUCAUCAACACUUAAUUGUUGUUGAAGGAAAUUUGUAGUAGAUUCAUUAAUGUUUUUAUUAGUAAAGGGAAAUACAUGUUCGUGGAACAUAACGUCUCUGGUCAUAAACAGUUUGUUAGUGGCCAAAUUCAUCAGUAAGUAUCCUUUUUGAGUA